AUGUCCCCCAGUCCACCACCGACCCAGCCGACCCUUGCCGAUAUCACUACGACUACAAACCCUAUUACAACUGCUGAGACCACAGUCGAAGCAACAGCCACCACUGCUGCAGCUACUACCACCAGCGAGGAGCCCGAAGCACUCCAAUCAAUCUACUUGUACGCCCACGGCAGCAGUGACCCCUCCCUGGCACCCCUUGGCGGCCUAGGCUACUCCGUAAUCUCCGACACGGGAAAUUCUGAUAUAAAAUACAUUGCCUUUACCGACGACGUCAGCUCUACACUAUUCUUCACCUUGAGCGAAAGAACUGGCAAGGUCAAGAUUGGUAAUGGCGAUCGCGCUGGAAAUCUCCUUGGAUACUAUGCAUCAAACGACUACAGUCUCGCGAUUGCUGCCGAGGCCACGCUUAUCGAGGACAGUGGCCUAUCUCCUAUUGAUUGCGAUAUCGUUGCUGGAAAUGGAAGUGGUUAUCAGAAACUUCAGUGCCAGUUCGGAAACAAGGGAAAUGCGGACUUUUGGACGUGUGGUUCGAACUUUGUGCUGGUGAGCCCUGGCGUUGACUUUACCAACAGGUGUCCCCGUGCUACGACAUCUUACAAACUGGACUACAUUGAGGUAGUGUACAUUUCAUAA